CUCUCAGCGAACUCCCGUCUGAAUCUUGAAUCUUCGUUGUCCAUGUGCCCUUGGAUGUCCAGAUCCUGAGCUUCAGCUUGAUUCGUACAAUCUCCUACUCUCCUCAAUUACCAAUUGUUUCCCAGACUAAAUGGAUUCACCAUUGAUCGAGGUCUGGCACGCCGCGUCUGGCAGCCCGUUUCUUCCCACUGUUGGCAAAGGCACACAGUUCUUCGUUGCUUCCCUCCUCCUCCUCAUCGGCUUUAGUUUGACUGGCGCCUUUACUCUCAACCGGUCCAUCGUCAAUCUACUUCUCUUGGGCAUCCCGGCUUCUUUGGCCUUUGCAUUCGGUGUUGUUUACAUGUUCUGCGCGGUCGGAGUUUACGUUUAAUAUCGAGAUACCCUGGAGAUCAAUAAAAGAAGAAGAAGAAGAAGAGAGCAGUCUCCUCGCCCUACGGACUCCGCGGGAUUCUGUACAAUACAUAGAGUCAUUUACCAAAAAGCAAGCCGAUUUCUGAACAUCAUACGCAUCACACGCCAUCUUUUCCUUUACACUUAUAACACACAUCUUCGGCAUCACUUGCCAGCAACAUGUCACAACCGACUCAAGACGCCGGCCCUCCCUUGUUCAGGGCAGUCGCCAGCUCCACGCGCCCGCUCUACCAGCUACUGAAAGCAGUCGGCUUUACCAACAAGAUCCACGUCGAAAUCACCCCCGAGGGCCUCAGAUUCAGCGCCGAUCAUGCCCGCGUCAUGCAAGGCGCCGCCCACUGGAACAAGAACCUCUUCGCCAGCUACACCACCAACCUCCCGCCAGCUGCGGGUAAUGGCGAUGACGACGACCCCGAACCCGAGCCCGUCUCCUUCCAAAUCUCCCUCCCCGCCUUUCUCGAGACUCUCCAAAUCUUCGGCGUCGCCGAUGUCGCCGCCCGCCAAGCCCGCUCCGACAUCGACCCCCUCGUGCGCGGCAACCCGCGCAUGAACCACCAGCACCGCGGCGGUAAUGGAUCAGACGCCUUCAGCCACCACACCUUGCACGGCGGCGGGUUCGCCUCCUCUUCCAACGGCACCUGCAUCCUCAGCUACCCCUCCGACGGCGGGCCGUUCAGCAUCAUUCUCGAAGAAGCCGGGGUCAAGACGACCUGCAACUUGACCACCUACCUACCCGAGAUGCCGGAGGAUAUACCCUUUGAUAUCGACGACCUCUCCUUCAAGGUGAUCAUGCAAGCGCGCUACUUGCUCGACGCGUUGGCGGAGGUGGGCAGCAUCAACCCGGAGCGGCUGACGAUUGUGGUCUCGCGCAAGGAGCCAUAUCUGCGGUUCAGAACGUCCGGAAGCCACAGUGGUGCGGGAGGGCCGGGGGUGGAGAGCACGGUGGAUUUUAGGCGUGGAAGGGAUCUGUUGGAGACAUUCUCGGUCAGGGCGGUGGAACGGGCUAAAGGAGAGAGGAGAUGGAGCCAGACAUUCAAGUUUGACACGAUCAAGGCAGCGACGGAGGCAAUGAGGAUUGCGAGCAAGGUUAGCUUGAGGGGUGAUGGGCAGGGUGUGUUGAGCAUGCAGUUUAUGGUGGAGGUGGAAGGUGCUGGGGGUGCGGGCGGGGGUGUCCCGGGAGGAGGAGCUGGUUUGAGUUUCUUGGAUUUUCGGUUCGUGCCGUAUGCAACGGAUGGGAAUGAGGAGACCGAUACUGAAGGGGAGGGUAAUGAUGUUGACAUGAAUGAGGCAUGAGGUUUCGUAGAUAAAAAGUGUCAGUGAUGCGUGGUGAUAUUCAAAUCGAGGUUAUACCUAUGUACUUGGUUGAGCGUUACCAAAUGUCGCAGGAUCUAGUAGUAUACAUCAGUUGCGCGUCGG